AUGUCGGUCGAGGAAUUUGUCGAGCGAAUCGAUGUCAAGCGGCUCUUCUCCGGAAUUGCCUUGCUGUUCAUCCUUGCGCUCUACUCCCCUGUGAUGGUGCUGGUGCUCUCCCCUGUCUAUGGUUCCCUGCCAUCGCAUCUCUUCCAUAGCUAUGGUGUCGUCAUCUUCGCUGGCGCUGGCUGGUUCUUGAAAGAUCAGAUCCAAAGACGCAUUGGUCGCCUCGCUGCCAUCAUUCUUCCGGUCCUGGCUUUCUGGACCCCUACCGUCCAGUACUUUGUCAUGCAGCAGAGCUCUAAGCUUGGAAACCCGGCUGGUCCAGUCAUCACUGAGUUGUUUGGCUACUAUCCUCUUGUCAUGCUCACCGUCGCCGUUGCUGGUAAGCAGAUUCAGUAUGCCUUGCAUCUGGAGUCUCAGGGUGAUCUCGUUGUUGAGCAUGUGCCCCUGCUUGGCUCAUACGUUGUCUACUCCUUUGGCGAGCACGUUGCCCGAGCAGUCCUGGCUCGUGCAAUUGGCUUCACCAUUGUCUUCUCUCGUGCUGGCUUGCAAUUCCUGAUUGCUGUGUUGUACGCUGCUGUGAUCCCGUCGAAGAUUCUUCUCCUGGCCAUCCCCUCCUUGCUUUUCUCGGUGACCUCUGAUGUCCACUUGGGUGGUAUCAGUGGCGUGAACUCCGUUCUUCAGAAGGAGGGAUACUCCCUCCUGGCACGCCAGGAGUCCUACACUGGAUACAUCUCGGUUCUCGAGAACCAUCAGGAUGGCUUCCGGGUGCUGCGAUGUGACCACAGUCUCCUCGGUGGACAGUGGACCAAGGCUACUCCGGGUUAUCACCCAGAGGUUGAGGACCCCAUCUACGCAGUUUUUGCUAUGCUUGAGGCUGUCCGACUGGUUGAACCUGAACACGGUGGCCCCCGUGUUGAUGCUGAUAGCAAGGCACUGGUGAUUGGCCUUGGCAUUGGUACCACACCAGCAGCUCUCAUGAAGCAUGGCAUCGAUACUACCGUUGUUGAAAUUGACCCUGUGGUGCAACAGUUUGCAACCCAAUACUUCAACUUUCCCUCAAACCAUGUCGCCGCUAUCGAAGAUGCAACCACAUUCGUCAAGCGUGCGCUGAAAUCGCCAUCUCCCCAGUACGACUAUAUUAUCCACGAUGUCUUCACGGGUGGCGCUGAACCCGCCGAGCUCUUUACUUGGGAGUUCUUGAAGGACCUGAGCUCCCUGCUCAGCGAUGAUGGUGUCAUUGCUAUUAACUAUGCUGGAGAUCUCAAGCUCUACCCCACGGGUCUGAUUGCCCGUACCAUCCAGGCCGUCUUCCCCUCAUGCCGUAUCUUCCGUGAAUCACAGGUCGACAAUAGUGACGAAACCCAAGACUUCACCAACAUGGUCUUCUUCUGCAAGAAGAGCUCCAACACCCCUCUCCAGUUCCGGGAUCCGAUCCCCUCGGACUUCCUGGGCAGCAAGUCGCGUGAGAAUUACCUUGUCCCGAAGUACGAGAUUGAUCCGGCCGUAUUCUCCACUAUUCCCAAGAAAGGAAAGGCUGUGUUGGUUGAGAAGCAAGUCGGACGGCUGCUCAAGUUCCGGGACCGGGGAGCCCUGGAGCACUGGGAGAUUAUGAGGAAGGUUAUUCCCGAUGCCGUGUGGGAGAACUGGUAA